AUGGGCGCGGCGGCCUGGGGAGGAGUGGCUCGAGGCGCGGUGGGCUCGUGCGGCCUCGUGCGGGGUGGCGUGCGGGGCGGCGUGCAGGGCGGCCGGGAAAGGAGAUUGCCUAGAGACCGCGCCAAUGCAAUAAAUUGCCGUUACACAUUGAUUAACAGAGAGACCGUCAAAUUUUGUGGUUGCCUUCAGCAGAUUAUAAAUUUGGAGGAAAGCGGAAGGACUAUACAAGAAAAGACAAACGAUGCACACAUUAUGUUCAAGGAAUUGGAUACUAAAAAAAAGCCUUUCACAUUGAUGCAUUGCUAUGUAGAGUUUUCGAAGUAUCCAAAGUGGCAGACAAGAGAACUUGAAACUUCUGUUAAGAAACAAAAGAAGACCAUUGAUGCAAGUCCGGGCACAGUCACCAAUGAUCCGGCCGAUGCAUCCUCGGUACGCACUGAUGCUACCUCGGCACACACUGAUGCUCUUGAACAUGAGAAAAGACCUGAUGGUGUGAAGAAGGAGAAAUUGCGGAGAGGUAAAGCUGAUGACAGUGCUUGCAAGUUGUCAUUAGAAACUGUGUGGGCACAAAAGCAAGAGAAGGAUGAGCUCAAAGAGGCGGCAAGAAAUGUUCGAUAUGCACAACAAUUUGAAUUGAGAAAAGAGGAGAUUGCACUGAAAAAGAAGGAGGAUGCUCAAGGAGUUUUGUCGACCAGUUUCUCGCUCCUCUUCAACUAUCAUAUUGUGCAUUAUGACACAAGCUUUCAUGACAUCACCAAUUUCUUUAGGUUUCCAUCCUUUAGCAGGUCCACGAAUAAUGGCAAAACGGGACUGCAGAACUCCACAUCUUUCCUGCACGCCUCUUGCUUCUUCGCAAAAGUUUUAUGCUUUCUUGUAUCUGGAGCUGGUAUGCUCAUCACAAAUGUUGCUCACCGUGGAUAG